GUUGCCGGCGGCAUGAUCGCAAAGGGCGUUUGGGAGGGCAAGCUUUUGGGUGUAAGCACAGCAGUGCUUUGGUCAUUCUAGUGACGCCGAUGCAGGCAGCAGCUACUUAGUUAUUACCACUAAAACGUUUCCAAGUUUAUUAAUAAAACCACUGCGUCGAUAGUAUAUCACUUCAUUCAUCAAAUGCAUCGCAAGGUGGCUAAAUGCGUGUCGCGCUAUCUGCUCGAAUACAAUAAAAACUAUAAAUUAAAAGUGAUUUGAAGGACUGUUAAUUUGAAUUUACAUAUCUGCAGUCACAAAAUUCCAUAAAUGGUUUACCAACUAUUAACAUCACCAAAACAACUAUCAAUAACUUCGUUUAAUACAUGCUAUUUGUCAAAUGAAUUUGCUUUAGCAGAUCUACACUGAGAAAUAACUCCAAACAAAGUAAAAUAGAAACUAAAGUGAAAAUUUAUUCUAUGUUUUUCAAACAUCAAUGGACUAAAGUGGAAGUUUUAAUGUUACCAAGAAGAUAGUAAUUGAGUGGGAAAAAUUAAAUCAUAUUAAAAGUGAAUUAUUAACAAAAAUUACUUAAUAAAUUACCUUAACCUUCAAAUAAUACGUAGCGGAAAUGGUUAGAUAUCUAAUAUCUUUCAUGCUGAUCGCAUUCGUUGCGCUAGAUCACAGCAUCAUCUACGGCCGUCAGCACAGCGACAUACCAGCGUCAAACGACUCUGAUAGCGCGCAACCAUAUGCGCACUAUGUGCCGCCACCAUACGAACAAACGCGACAUCUAUUUCAUGUGCAAUCCCCCCAACAGAUACACAAACGUUCGCACAGAGUGAAUAAUAAACGCCCCCGUGCCCCCAAAGCGCGUCGUAUACGACAAUCGUCCUGGCAUGAAAAUGUGCCACCAGAUGCUAUGAACAGCGAGGAAGAGCGUGCGGAACGCGAAGAGGCCGCAGCGGCGCUGCGCCGCUAUAUACACAUACAGCGUCAUAUGGCGCAUCAAGAGGAGCAUCUGCGACACCACAAAGAGGAGUACCAUCGCACUGCCAGGCAAUUAGCAGAGGAGCAGCAGGAAGAGGAAGUAGCGGCGCGGUUGAAUGAGCUUCAGGCAAAAGGGGAAGCGCCGCGCGGCACGAGUACAGUGUUCAGUAUGCGCAUGCCACGCAUUUGGCAGCACUUGGGCGCCACCGAAGAUCUUAUGCUUGGUGAUGCGCCGCGUGAUUAUAACGAUGAAUCGCAGAGUGGAGCAGAUGUAUCGCUCUCACUUUCACAAUCACUCUCUGUCUCUGAUGAACUUGACGAUUCUGUUGCGCCUUCGAAUGCGACAAAUAACAAUUGGCUUGAAGUGGCCGAUAAUGAGCAAAACGAAGCGGCCCAAAAGAAAAAAGAAAUCACUGUCAAAUCGGGUUGCCCGAAAUGUGAAAGUAGUCGGCGCGUGGAACACAUAAGUGAGGAAGAACUCACACAACUGCGUAUAGAGUAUGUCAAGCAACAGAUUUUGGAAAAAUUGCGGCUGAAAGAGCGACCGAAUGUUUCAGCGGUUGGCCUACCCAAACCCAUUUAUGAGGGUACAACUAUCGAGGAGGAGGAAGAUGAUAGCGCAAAAAAUAAAGAUCUCGAUGAUUACUACGCGCGGACUAGCAAAAAGUUUAUCUUCCUCCAAAGAGAAAAGCGCGAAUGCCAACGUUUGGGCACCAAUUCGUCCAUGUGUUUCUCAUUCAAAAUUGAUGAUGCCGAUGCGGAUGGAUUUGAUGUGAACACCGCUGUACUUUGGCUAUUCAAGAGCCGAACUAAACGCUCACGUAGAAACAACAGCACGCGUAUAGGUCCACAGACUAUUGUCGUUUCUGAAGUGCAGCAAAAUACAGAUCCCAAGUAUUUGCCCAUUGUGAAAACAAUAGCCAUACAGUCGGUCGAUGUGCAAGACGAAUGGAUGAAGAUCGAUAUUGAAUGGCCAAUAAAACGAUGGUUCGGCAACCACGACCUCAGCCACCUGAUACACAUUUCAUGUCGCACAUGCGAUAUGGCUUCAAUGGAGAAAAUGAUUUCCGUGAAUAAAGAUUAUCGUCCAUUCAUUAUGGUCGACACACAGAAUCGUCGUCGGGCGUCGCGUCAGAAACGUGGCAUCAAUUGCACGGACGGUGUGACGGAGUGUUGCCGCGAGAAGCUAUACAUUUCAUUCGAUGAAAUUGGUUGGGGUGACUGGAUCAUACAACCACGCGGCUAUGACGCCUACUUCUGCCGCGGGUCAUGCGGAAGUGUGGCGAGUGUUGCACAAUCAGCGACGCACCAUAGCGCUUUCUUGCAGAAAGUCGCAUUGUCGCGUCGCAACCGAGGCAGCAAGCCGCUUGAGCUGAUACCUUGCUGCACCGCCAAACAGUAUUCUUCGCUGCAGCUCGUCUUUAUGGAUAGUAACAAUACAGCGACACAGAAAACCUUUCCAAAUAUGGUUGUCGAGUCGUGUGGUUGCCGGUAGUUCUAAGUCACGCCAAUGCGAAGGUCUUCGCUCAUGCCACUAGUAGAGUGCAUCACUGUAUUAUCCCAAUAGUUUUUAAGUCUGUUGUCUCAAAUGUCUCUCACUAAUCGAAACUUCAUUCAAAACGCGUGCCGGUACAUAUUUAUGUAGUUUUAAGCUUCAUUAAUUCAGCUCUAGAAUCACUUUCGUUGUUCAUAGAGUCGCUAACAUUACUUUUUUAACUACUUAAAUUAGUUGUUUCUUAAAUGCCACCUAACCUAAAUUGCUGCCAUAAAAUAUUUAACAAAUAUUUAUGUUUAGUGAUCGUUUUGCUGUUUUUUAUAAGAACUGUAUUCAGUACUUAAGCUCUCGAAGAGAAGUUAGUUACUAUUAGUUUUUAAGAUUUACGUUAUAUGUAUAGGUUAGUGUUUUGCCAAAAAUUAUUUAUGUAAGUAGUUUCUUUUGGAAUUGUAAAAACUUAGUUCAAUUUAUAGUUGAUUAUUUAUUAGUAAGUCCUAGGUAUAAGUGCUCGAGCACAAUUAGGAAUACUUAAUAUGUAUAUAAAAAGAAUUAUUAUACCGUAGAUUUAGUGAAAUAAAAGAAAAAAUUAAAAAGCUUA